AUGAGCUCUGCUCUUUCAAACUCACGUCUUCGCCUUCUCUGGGGCUUGCUGCUCACCUGCAGACUAUAUCUCGGUGCAGCAGCAGUCAUCAACACCAAUGACGAGGGACUGGCACAACGCGACAGCACAAACACCUAUGACAAUGCCUACUAUGUUGUGCAAGGAUCGUGGAAGUGUGAUUUUACAAAACUUCGACUUCUAGAUGCAGCCAUCAACGAGGCAGAAGAGCUCGCCCAGAAAACCAUAGAAGUGCUUCAAGUCGAAGGCGCUGAAACAUCCAUUUCAUUUGAUACCUGGUUUGGAUCAAGCAAUGCCAAUGCCGCAACGAAGGAUGCAAUCAUCAACCAGCACUACAAAACAGUAUUGUCGCAUCUUCCUUAUCCAAACAUUCCUGCGGCAUUUCGAUGGACCACCCACGCCGAAUUCAAAGCGCCCAUCAACGAGGCGCCACCGACAGACGACUCGAUCGUGUACGGUUGCCCGCCAGUCGACGAUAGAAUGUGCCAGGAUGGAGUGCUAGCAUCCAAUUUGCGAGCAACGGGGAUGAAACAAGACGGUACAACCAAGGAAUUCGGCCCCUUGGUGCUUGUUCUCUGCCCAGCGUUUUUCGAACUGAAGAACAACAACGCAGAGAUGAUCAAGGAAUGGCAGAGAACGCUCGGCUUUGGUUCAGGCAACUCUAAAGGACGCAUCUUAGUUCACGAAGUCCAGCACAUGGCUAAAGGAACGAGCCCCAGCGAGCCUGCCGAGGAUUUGUCAGAGCCAUUUCCUGACGUAUUCGGCCAUGACACCUGCUAUUCCCCAAGUUGCUGCGCUCGUCUAUCUGACGCCGAUAAGAUGAGAAACGCUCAGAAUUUUGCUCUAUUCACCAUAGACGUGUUAGCAUUCCCAAAUGCUGGCGCACCAGCGUCUUCCGACAGCUGCAGUAAUCCCAAUCACAAACGACAAGCCCCGAUUCGUUCACAAGCUCCAACCUGGAGACCUGUGUUGAACUCAACGUUUACCCCUUUGAGAUCCACCUCUACAAGAAGGCCCUCUUCUACGAAGAUACCGUCCUUCUCCUCGCUUUAUUCCUCGUCUAGCAACUAUAAGCCGAGCAGCUACAAACCCAGCAGCUCUUCAUUGGAAGCGCCUUUUAGUUCCACAGUUACGAAGCCAACGACCUCACCAACAGCAGCUCCAGUCGACGUAUCGAACGGUGCUGUGCUUGCUGUCGCCAUUGGGAUGGUGGUUGUGGGCGGUGCAGGAGGAGGUUUUAUUACAAUGGGCGGACAAACGGUCGCCAUCGCUGCAGGCCAAACGAUUGUCGUCUCCCAGCAGACUUUUGAGGAACCGGAAGCUGAGAAACCAAAGUCGGAUCAACCUGAGAGGACACAAAUGUCCAUUCAGACAACACCUUCAGCAAGACCUUCAUCCACCUCCCGUUCGGCUUGGUCUACUACGACUUCCAACUGCCCCGCCGAGACUUCGAGGGCUUACAAUGGCGACAACUUCAACUGCAGAGACCUUCACGACGCCAAUUCUACUCUUCUUACCGAUUUGCUGAGUGGUCUUGAGUUCGGUAAUGGGCCUGUAUACAAUGAAUCGUCCAUCGCAGUGAUCAUCCCAGAGCCUACAUCAUUUCUUACAACACUCAUGCCUUCCACUACGACGGCUGCGCCCGCUCCGCCAACGACUACUUCCGAACCCGCAAGCGUCGAGCCUGUGGCCUGUUAUAAUUUUGAUAUCAAUGCUUACGGCUACUGUUGUCCCGGACCUGGGAACCCCUGUGAGAAGGAUCUUGGUAAGUGUUAUUUCAACGGAGAGGGUGUCUCUGGUGGAGCGAGCGGAAUUGUGCCCACAGGCGCAAGAUGCCCUCCGCCACCUGGCGCAGAGUACUGCAGAGGUGCGUGUGAAGAGUAA